AUGUAUUUUGCAUUUAAAGGAUUAUGCGGGAGAAGAUUUCUGCCCAUUGCCUCUUUUCUUACUAUAUUGAAUAGAAUAUUAUUCCAAUACUGGCUUUUUUACAAUUCAUUAAAAGAGGAAAAGACAUUUCAGAAAAUUUUCUUCUCUAUGAACCUUAAAUGUAGGAAAAAAAAGGAACCAAACCACAUCAUUUACUCUCAACCGCCUUUCUUGUUGGGGUUCAUGGUACAAUUGCAAAGUUGUGUCAAGUUGUUGCCACUCUAUCUUUUGUUUUUGUUACAGGGUAAUGGCGCACAUUAUGCAAGCGCGAUGACGAGCAAGGUACUUUCUUUUUUCCUUUAA